GUAUUAAGUUGUCUUGUUCGACUACUCCGUGGUUUCUUAAGUUGCUAAAUGCUGCCUGUUGGGUCGUGAAAAACGAAUUCUAAGACGUGCAAGAUGUUGCUUAUAGGCGCCGCGUGUUGAGUCACCUAAGCCAGCAGCAGUAGCAGCAGCAGCAGCACAGUAGUAGUACUAGUAGUACUAGUAGAGUAUUGGUGUUGUUAGCAGCGGCCUCCAUUUUGACUGCACCGCCGCGGCGCCUCGCCUCACGUGUCCUGGGCUGUCUCUCUCACAUGACCCGAGUGUUUGUUCCCGUGAAGCACCUCCAUCUCCGUCCCUGGGACUAAGCACCACACUUUAGCGCGACCCUGAUGGAUAUGCUCGAACACAGUCUGGACACCACCAGCCAAGAUAAACAAGAAGAAGAGGUGCAGGCAUCUGAAGACGGAACCGACGAGCAGACAGCCGUCACCAUAGCCAGCGUGCAGCAGGCCGCAGCGUUUGGGGAUCACAACAUACAAUACCAGUUCCGCACCGAGGGCGGACAGGUGACGUACCGCGUCGUCCAGGUUACUGACCAGAACCUGGAGGGACGGGAUGAUGGCGGAGGGGCGGUCAGUGUCGUGUCCACGGCUGCCUUCAGCGGCACUCCUCAGGCUGUCGCACAGGCUGUGAUCCAAAACCCUUUCAGUAAUGGAGGAAGCCCAGCGGGGGAGGCGGUGGGAGGAGGAGGAGGCGGAGAGGCGCGCUUUACCUACUUCCCUGCCACGGCGGUGAGCGAUGGCACCGUGUCCGUGCAGGCCACCGCCGCUGACCCCACGCUCACGCAGGCGGGAGGCCAGUUCUACGUGAUGAUGACCCCUCCCGAUGUCAUUCAGACAGGCGCCACGCGAAGCAUCGCCCCGCGCACACAGCCCUUUCCUGCGAAAAUGGACGGCCCUCGAACGCCGCGGGAUGAAAGGAGAAGAGCACAACAUAACGAAGUUGAGCGGCGGCGGAGGGACAAAAUCAACAACUGGAUCGUGACGCUGUCCAAAAUCAUCCCUGAUUGCAACAUGGACAGCACCAAGACUGGAGCGAGCAAAGGAGGCAUCCUGUCCAAAGCCUGCGACUACAUCCGAGAGCUGAGGCAGAGCAACCAGCGGCUACAGGAGAGUCUGAAGGAGGUGGAGAGGAUCCAGGUGGACAAUGAGCUGUGCAGGCAGCAGAUUGAGGAACUGAAGAACGAGAACGCUCUGCUUAGAGCGCAGCUCCAGCAGCACGGCAUAGAGAUGGUCGGGGAGACGCCGCCGCAGUGAAGGAACGCCCCCACCUCCCUAACCCAGCGGAAAGAGACAGGACAAAAAAAAGGACUGGUGAAGAAUGACGCCAGCGACCGCAUCCUCCUCCAAGUGGCGAUCCCUCCUCCGGCUGGCUGUUGCUGAGCUUUUGACCGCCACACGUGCAUGAGCACAUGCGCCACCGCCAGGGGCGCCAUGGCAACCAAGCACCCGCGAUCUCGGACCGCCACGUUUCUCAUUUCAUUUCAUGAAGUCAGCCUUUUGUCUCUGCCCCGCCCACAUGAUGAUGAUUAACAUGAGUUUGGACUUAGCUGAUGCUUUGACUUGUCCGUGUUUUAGCUGCUUUAACUUCUGAGUGUGCUUGCUGACAGGUUUGUAACGCGGAUGAGAUGCCACAAGAAGACACGCUUGACAGCUUACGCGCACCCAAAGAGCUCGCUGGCUCGACGCCGGGCCUUUGCUCAAAAGCUCAGCCGGGGGACAAAACGCUCUACUUGAAGUGUCGGGCAUUUGUGUGAAACAUCCCACCAGGCACGUACUUUCCAAAGCACACAUUAAGAUAGGAAGGUAUCUCACACAGGAACAACCCUUGGGAGCAGUUUGCUCUGUUUCGGGGUCACAUGGAGCUGAAGGUGACAGGAGGGGGGCGCGCCUCAAAAGACUAAGCGGGGAUUGUUGCCACCCACCAGCUCUCAUGGCGCCCACUCAGGCACCCCAUCUAUUAAAGCAUCCAGGCAGUCAUGGCUAUCGUUGCGUUUGAUUGGAAUGAAUAUUCCACGUGUGUUGUAGAGCAGCCUGCCACCGCGGCAACAAGGCCAAAUAUCUCCAAGCUAACAGCUGCACCACACAAGAGGUGACAUGGAUGUUGACUAACAAUGGCAGGCAUGUUGUUGCUCAUUCCUUUUUCUUCCCCGCCUGCGCUCAUUUCUUCUUCUGAAAUGACAACACAAGGAAGACAACCCCUCCAGGCCCCCGUAGCAGCCUCACUGUACUCAGGUUCUUCCUUGUGGCUCGCUCACACUCUGGGAAAGGACAGGGAGGGGCGGCAGGAACCUGGUCAAAGACUCGUGUUUAUUUCCUCUCCGUGCUAAUUUGCCUGUCAAGUCAGGAUGUGGGUGUGAGAUGCUGCCAAAGCGAGCCUGAGCCCAUAAGGUAAACAAGUCAUCAUGGUAACAUGGCCCCCUCACCUGCCCCAGGCUUUUCAUUCAUUCAUCUGUUUCAUGCUUGACUAUGGCCUGUUUUAGUCCAAGUAUAGGCAUAUGUCAACAAACUGUACUUAUUUUUAAGCGCUGUCUAGUAUAAAAGUGGCGAUAAGAGCAGCAUUCAACUUGGGAAUGUAGUAUCCCACAUUGGUCACUAAGUGUCACUAAUGGUUUUGUGAGUCAACAACAGCCGUUUAUUGCAUUGCCUCACUAAGGUGGAAAUAAACUGCACGUGCCGAGUGCCAUGUGACCAAGACCCCAGCGAAGACGACGGCACAUGCGCACUUUGUAUCUCAUCAUUGGGACUUUUUAGCUCCUGAUUACGACUUUUUUUCACUUAUCUCGUAAUUGAGACAUUUUUUUCCUCAUAAUUACGGCUUGGUAGCUCAUAAUUGUAACUUUUUAUCACCUAAUUAUGACUUUUUUUUAACUUACGUAUGCCAUAAUUCCGACUUUUUCGCUCACUGACUUUUUCCCGUCAUAAUUGGGACUUUUUAGCUUGUAAUUGCAACUUUUUUUAUCUCCUAAUUAGGCCUUUUUUGACUUAUCUCAUAAUUAAUGACUUUUAGAUCACAGUUUUAACUCGUUAUCUUGUAAUUAUGAUGCUUUAGCUCAUAAUUAACUUAUUGCAUCAUUUUGACGUUUAUCUCAUAAUUCUGACUUUAAAUCUUGUAAUUUUGGCUUUUGAUCUCAUAAUUAACCAUUUUCCUCUUUUUGCUCAUAAUUAUGUUAUCUCAUAAUUUAGACUUUUUAUUUCAUAAUUAUGACUUACCAUUGACAUGUUUUUUUCUGUCAGUGGCGGAAACGGGCUUCUGUCACAAAGAUACUAAAUAGUUAGACAUUAGAGACUAUUAUAGUACAUAGUUAGACGUUAGAGAGAUCCUACAUAGUUAGGGGGAAAAUCUUGAGGGUGUCAUAACAGCCAGAACCCCCUGUGCCCACAGUGCCAUCUUGCAGGUUUAGUAAUGCAUGACCCCACUUGCCCUAAAAUAAAAGCACCAGUGUCCCUGAUGCUUCCGUAUGUUGGUAAUGUAUUGGAUGUAUACGUAUAUAAAAUCUAGUACUUUGAGGUCACACCCAACUGGGUCAUGUAACCUUCCUAUGAAAAGAUGCAAUUAGUUUCACGUGCGCAUAGACGUCACUUCUGACUUUAUUUCCAAGUCCAAUACUUCUGGGAUUCACAGAAAAAGCCUCUUCCACACCCAUCAAGUCACACACAGCAGAUCCAGUGUUUCUUCACCAGUGCUUUUCAUACACAAGCCAAAGAAAGUGUGCACUUUCACACAAAGACACGGCAGCUGCAAUCACAUCAUUAGAAUGAGAGAAAUGUAAACACGUGAGCCAUGCUGUGUCAGUGCCGUGUAUGGUGACAUACUGUACUGUACUUUUCCAGGCAACGCCACAGCAGCAUCUGAUGCUUCCUCUGAAGCCCACUAUUCCUCUUGGUGCCUUUUAUAUAGAAGAAAGGUUAAACGGUGGCUUUUUACAGCAACAGUUGUUGCUUCAACUUCACUCGGUGUUGGUGCUGUUGGUACAGAGCAGCAUCUGCGUGCGACGU